AUGUUGGCUAAAUCAACAGGAUUGGGAUAUGGUGCUCGUUUGGGCUCAGUGCUCAGAUGUAGAUACUCAUCCUCCACAGCAGCUAUGGCGUAUAAGAACCUCCAUAGAAAUAAGAAAAGACCACAGUUACCAACUUUCGAGCAGCCAACUUUGUCUGCAGACUCUGCUGUCUCAUCCAUUAUCUAUGAAACACCUAUUGUCUCAAAGUCUCCAAAAACCCAGCAUGUUUUGAACUGUCUAGUUCAAAACGAACCUGGUGUGUUGUCAUUAGUCUCUGGUACUUUAGCAGCAAGAGGAUUCAAUAUCGACUCCUUGGUUGUUUGUAACACGGAGGUUAAAGAUUUAUCUAGAAUGACCAUUGUCUUAGGUGGUCAAGAUGCUGUUAUUGAACAAGCAAGAAAGCAAAUUGAAGACUUAGUUCCUGUUUAUGCAGUUUUAGACUACAGCCAUUCCGAAAUUAUCAAAAGAGAACUACUCUUGGCAAGAGUUUCCCUCUUAGGUCCGGAGUAUUUCCAAGAAUUGGUUGCUCAUCACAAUGAUUCAGACGCAUCUGUGUCAGACAGACUUAGAUCCGAGACCUACCACCCAAAGAACUUGCCACCUUCUCAAGCUUUGAGACAAAAAUUCGAACACCUCGACGCCAUUAGCAAACUAACUCGUGAAUUUGGUGGUAAGAUUGUUGAUGUCAGUGAUAGAAACUGUAUUGUAGAGUUAUCAGCCAAACCUUCCAGAAUUUCUUCGUUUAUUGCAUUGAUUCAACCAUUUGGUAUCUUAGAAUUAGCUAGAUCUGGUAUGAUGGCAUUACCAAGAACUCCAAUUGAGGGUGUCGAAGAUGGAACUGACCCAACCAAGGAUGCCGCUGACGUUGUCGACGUUUCUCAAUUACCCCCUGGUUAA